CAUCCAGCACCUAACCAUGGUCACGGCACAAACUCAACUUCUCUUUUUCUUUGAAGACUCAACCCAACACCUGAACCCCUCCAAGACCAAAGUCCAACAGGCCAAAAACCCACGCCCAGAAAAAGCUAAAACCCCAACACGGCGCACACUACUCUCCUUCCUCUCCCCACCGUGUCACACCACACCACACAACACCACCACCGCCGCCAUGGCCGCCACCGACCGCCGCCUGCUCUUCCUCCUGGCCGCCUCCCUCGCCGUCGCGGCGGUGAGCUCCCACAACAUCACGGACAUCCUCGACGGCUACCCGGAGUACUCGCUGUACAACAGCUACCUCUCCCAGACCAAGGUGUGCGACGAGAUCAACAGCCGGAGCACGGUCACCUGCCUCGUGCUCACCAACGGCGCCAUGUCCUCCCUCGUCUCCAACCUCUCCCUCGCCGACAUCAAGAACGCGCUCCGCCUCCUCACCCUCCUCGACUACUACGACACCAAGAAGCUGCACUCCCUCAGCGACGGCUCCGAGCUCACCACCACGCUGUACCAGACCACCGGCGACGCCUCCGGUAACAUGGGCCACGUCAACAUCACCAACCUGCGCGGCGGCAAGGUUGGGUUCGCCUCCGCCGCGCCCGGCUCCAAGUUCCAGGCCACCUACACCAAGUCCGUCAAGCAGGAGCCGUACAACCUCUCCGUUCUUGAGGUCUCCGACCCCAUCACCUUCCCCGGCCUCUUCGACUCCCCGUCGGCCGCGUCGACCAACCUCACCGCGCUUCUUGAGAAGGCCGGGUGCAAGCAGUUCGCGCGGCUCAUCGUGUCGUCCGGGGUGAUGAAGAUGUACCAGGCGGCCAUGGACAAGGCGCUGACGCUGUUCGCGCCCAACGACGACGCGUUCCAGGCCAAGGGCCUGCCGGAUCUGAGCAAGCUGACCAGCGCCGAGCUGGUGACGCUUCUGCAGUACCACGCCUUGCCGCAGUACGCGCCCAAGGCGUCGCUCAAGACCAUCAAGGGCCACAUCCAGACCCUGGCCUCCACCGGAGCGGGUAAGUACGACCUCUCCGUCGUCACUAAGGGCGACGACGUGUCCAUGGACACCGGCAUGGACAAGUCCCGCGUCGCGUCCACCGUGCUGGACGACACCCCGACGGUUAUCCACACGGUGGACAGCGUGCUGCUGCCGCCAGAGCUCUUCGGUGGCGCACCUUCCCCCGCGCCGGCGCCCGGACCGGCAAGCGAUGUGCCAGCCGCUUCUCCCGCGCCAGAAGGCUCCUCGCCGGCGCCCUCCCCCAAGGCGGCGGGCAAGAAGAAAAAGAAGGGCAAGUCGCCUUCCCAUUCCCCACCCGCGCCUCCGGCCGACACGCCUGACAUGUCGCCCGCCGACGCGCCCGCGGGAGAAGAGGCUGCAGACAAAGCCGAGAAGAAGAACGGCGCCACCGCGGCGGCCACGAGCGUUGCGGCCACUGUGGCCUCCGCCGCCGCUCUGCUCGCCGCGUCGUUCUUGUGAGCGUCAGGUGUUCGACGUUGAGCUCUCGUUGUUCCCCCCUGGGCAUGCAUGGUGUGAUGCAGUCCGGUGUUCGCUUCUGAGCUCGUGGGCUCCAUGGAUAAUCUCAUCCUGAAGUUGUGUUCUUCUCUUCCUGGUUGGUAGUACUCGGUAGUUAGAUAGGAUUUGAAUGAUUGGAUCCUCAGGUGGAGAACGGUGAUUGUGAUGCCUAUUUUGUUAGAGCUCGGAACCAUGUUUUGUUUUUCUCUUGGAUUUGUUCUUGUGAUUGUUAUGCCUUGUUCUUGCUCUGCUUGGUUGCAUACUUGCAUUGGGGCUUUCUGUU